GAUCCGCGGACUGGUUGCGCUUGUGAAGAUGUUACUCUGAAGAAGCCGAAACGCCACCCACUCGUUUCCUCCUGAGAUGCUGCCUGUCCCGCAGAGCUACUCCAGCUUGUUGUGUCUACCUUCGGUUUAAACCAGCAUCUGGAGAUCUUUGUUACACAAGAUGCUGCUGCUGCUGCUGCUGCUGUUGAUGCUCGGCUCGUUGUCCGCGGUGACUGGGAACCUGCCUCUGCCCUCUCACACGCUGUGCGUGGCCGAUGCGUGUUACACGGCAUAUCUGCACAGGAAGACCUUCCACCCAGCCUCGGAAAGUUGCAAAUACAACGGAGGCAAACUGGCCACCGUCGGGGACGCCGGCGAAGACGAGCUGAUCCACCGACUCUUGUCCGGGUUCCCCGCCGGCCGGCGGGCGAAGAGUAGGUUCUGGCUGGGGCUGCAUCUACCCCCGAGGCACUGCUACCAACACCACCGGCCGCUGAGAGGCUUCCAGUGGACGGCCGGGGGAGGGGAGACGGCUUAUUCCAACUGGGCGAGGGAGCCUUUGAGCACUUGCACGGCGCACAGGUGCGUCCACCUAGUGAACAGCUCCAGCCCCGGCGGCGCCAACUACAAGUGGAUGGACGGGUCCUGCAGCCACGCUAUGGACGGUUACCUGUGCAAGUUCAGCUUCAGGGGUAUGUGCCCGCGGGUGGAGCUGGGCGGCCCGGGCUCGGUCACCUACACCCCGCCGUUUAGGGCCGAGAUCCUCUCCUCGCCUCUCAUCCCCUUCGGUUCCCUGGCGGUCGUAUCGUGCGCCGUGGGCUCGCCUGCCCAGGUCUACAUGCUGUGCGUGGAACUGGAGCCUCAGAGUUACGGCUGGUCGAAGAACGGCUCCUUCUGUCUCCCCGCUUCGGGCUGCGACCUGGACAACGGCGGGUGCGCUCAGAUCUGCGUGAGCGGAGAAGGGGGAGACGGUGGUGGUGGUGGGGCAGGAGGAGAUAGCCACCGGUGCCAGUGCAAGGCUGGGUACCAGCUGGAAGCAGACCAACGCUCCUGUGAGCCGCGGGACCCGUGCAAGGGCCACCAGUGCCAAUUCCAGUGCGUGGGCCACCUGUUGGAGUACCAGUGCGUCUGCCCGUCGGGCUACCGGUUGGCCGGAGACGGACGCAAUUGCGUGGACCUGGACGAGUGCGCCGGUCGCCCCUGCCACCACACCUGCCUCAACACCGACGGUUCCUACCGGUGCCAGUGCAGAGCCGGCUACCGGCUCCAAGCAGGCGCUCGCUCCUGCGCCGAUAUCGACGAGUGCGCGUCCAGCCCCUGCCAUGGGACUUGCUCCAACACGAUGGGCAGCUUCGAGUGUUCCUGCAGUCCGGGGAGCAAGCUGGGGCAAGACGGAGUGAGCUGUCUCCCGACUGACCGGGCCACCACCCCCCACAUCUCGGCCACCACGGUGGGAGACCGGAGUCCCACAACACUCGCUCCUCUGGUGCUCCACGCUGUUGACUCGGCCACCCCUCGCCCUGGGACCUCCUCCGCUCAGCCAGAAGAAACCAGAGGUCGUCUCAGGCUCAGCAGCUUGGCGGCGGAGACGCGUGGCCCGGGCUUGUCCGCCGUUACUUCUCCCAGCUGGGACGGGGACCAGAUCCAGGACCGCUCCCCCGGCCUGUCGUGGUUCCUGAGGGGCGCGCUGGUCUCUGUCGCCGUCCUCCUGCUAGUGCUGUGCGCGGUGGGGUUCACCCUGUGCCUUCGCCACCGGCUGCUCAAGAAGAAAGAGAGCAACGCCGGGGACUACUACAGCUGGGUUGAAGCGGCGGGACAAUCCAAAUUCAGGGCUCCGUAUGUCAAGUGCAGCCGCUCAAGGGACAACUACAUCGAGAUCGAAGCCAGUCAAACCGAAGUAUAGACCAGAGAGAGACCUAUUCAAUAAACCAGAACCACCCAUAUGUGCUCACCUCAAGAGCUCGUAUCUUGCACACCCGGCUGCAGCUUCAGAAAGAAAGAUAGGCAGGUCUAUCCCCUGAUGAAUUAACUGUCUCUCUCCCCACAGAUGCUGCCCGGCCUGCUGAAUAUCUAUCACACUUCCAUGCCACGAUACGAUACGAUGCCACCACACAGGUACAGGCCAUUUGGCCCAUCGAGACUACAGUGGCUCUCACAGCGCACCCAUCUCCCCAUACCCUACUGUAUCUCACACGCUUAUCGACUUCCCAUUCACCAAUCACCCACCACAACGGGGCAAAUUGCAGUAACAUAGAAAAUAGGUGCAAGAGGAGGCCAUUCGGCCCUUCGAGCCAUUCAUUGUGGUCAUGGCUGAUCGUCCCCGAUCAAUAACCCGUGCCUGCCUUCUCCCCAUAUCCCUUGACUCCACUAGCCCCAAGAGCUCUAUCUAACUCUCUCUUAAAUCCAUCCAGUGAUUUGGCCUCCACUGCCCUCUGUGGCAGGGAAUUCCAUAAAUUCACAACUCUCUGGGAGAAUUUUUUUUUCUCAGCUCAGUCUUAAAUGACCUCCCCUUUAUUCUAAGACUGUGGCCCCUGGUUCUGGACUCACCCAACAUUGGGAACAUUUUUCCUGCAUCUAGCUUGUCCAAUCCUUUUAUAAUUUCAUAUGUUUCUAUAAGAUAACCCCUCAUCCUUCUAAACUCCAGUGAUGACAAGCCUAGUCUUUUCAAUCUUUCCUCAUAUGACAGUCCCGCCAUCCCAGGGAUCAAUCUCGUGAACCUACGCUGCACUGCCUCAAUCACAAGGAUGUCCUUCCUCAAAUUAGGAGACCAAAACGAGUCAUACAAAGUGGAAACAGGACCUUUGUGCCCAAUAUGCCCACGCCGACCAACAUACCCCAUCUACACUAGUCCCACCUGCCAUGUAGCUGUCUAAAUGUUUCUUAAACGUAUGAAUGUACCUGCCUCAACUACCUCCUCUGGCUGUUCAUUCAAUAUACCUACCACCCUCUAAGUGCUUAUGUAUAGUGAUACGUACUGAACUGUAUACAUCAAUUAAUUUCAUUGCACCUUGGUACAUGUGAGAAAUAAAGUAACAUAACCAUACCAUACUCUUUAUGUAAAGGAAGUGCCACAAAGGUUCCUAUUAAAUCAUACCCCCUCAGCUUAUAUCCUCUGGUUCUCGGUUCUCCUACUCUGUGUGAGAGACUGCAUUUCCCCGAUCUAUCCCUCUUAUUAUUUUGUACAUCUCUAUAAGAUCACCCCUCAUCCUUCCAUGUUCCAAGGAAUAAAGUCCUAGCCAGCUCAACUUCUCCCUAUAGCUCAGGCCCUCGAGUCCAGGCAACAUCCUCAUAAAUCCUUUCUGCACCAUUUCCAGCUCAAUGUGGCCCUAACUAUAAACUACUCAAAAUGUGGCCUUAACAUUGUCUUGUGCAACUGUAACAUGACCUUCCAACUUCAAUGCUCAAUAGACCCAAAGUCUAACUCAGUGGGUCAGGCAGCAUAUCUGGAGAAAAGGGAUGGGUGAUGUUUUGGGUCAGAACAAUUCACUAGACUGAAAGUCGGGGGG